UUGAUUUUUGCCGACUGCGGCGGCGCGGAUCGUACGCUUCGAGAUAUGAGAAUUGUCACAGUGACUGUACUUGCACCAUGUUUAGGGAUACAUUUGCUGCUUCCUCGACACUCCGAUCGCUGAGGUUACGGAGAGAGUUGCAGGAUCUUGAGGACAGAAGAAGAGGUUUGUUCUGGCCAAGGCAAUCGACCGCGUUCGGAGAAACAAGAACUCAGCCCCAGUUCUCCAGUGAUACUUCUGUUCACGACGCUCUGUUGAGUGGGGAUUUGGACAAGAUCAGAAGCAUCUUCCAAAGCAAAGAAUCCGUCAACAGGGUUAUAGAGACAGCCAGUCAUGAACUCAACUGGUCGGCAGAAUUGGGUCUCUGGUCACUUACCUCCAAACAGAAACAAACAACAGCACUCUAUAUCACUGCGCAGCGAGGACAUACUGAAUGUGUAAAGCACUUGCUGGGACAUGGUGCUGAUGUUAAUGCCUUGUCUGAGGGAGCAACUGCUCUGCAUGCCGCCUGUGCCAAUGGACACACCGAAUGUGCCAAGCUUCUGCUGAACAUUGGAGCUGAUCCCAAUGCAAUCUCUGAAGAAGGGUUUGCUCCCUUGCAUCUAUGCACCAGCCCCCAGACCAUUUUAUGUGCUAAACUCUUGCUGGAGCAUAAUGCCAGAGUUAAUAUGCAGACUCAAGAGAGACAGAUUACUCCACUUCAUGUUGCUGCAAAGCAUGGUUUGGAUGAACAUGUAGACCUUUACCUGAGCUACUGUGCUUACAGUCACAAGAAGAAUCGUGAAGGAGAAACUGCACUCAAUGCUGCUUGUUCUUCUGUGGAGAAACGCGAGGCUUUUGGUAGAUAUUACAAAGUCUGUAAAAUGCUGAUCAAUAGUGGAGCUGAUGUGAAAACUGCUGGGAAAAAAAAGCAUACCCCACUCCACAAUGCCUGUGGGAAUGCUCACCCUGGCAUUGUGGAUUUGUUGUUAAUGCAUGGUGCUAUUGUGAAUGCUAAGAAUUGUGCUGGCUACACACCAAUGGAUUGUAUUUUACUGGCUGUUGAAGACCACUUGGAACAUCAUCCAGAGCAAAUUGUCGUGAAACUACUGAACCAUGGAGCAGCUUCAAUUGAUCCCAAGAUGCUCAAACAAUGUGCAAUGUCUCCACAGACAAUGGAAGUUGUGUUAAAUACUUAUGAGCACAUUCCAUUUUGUGACUCUUGGAUAGAAGCAGUUCCCCCAGAAGUGUGGCAGAAACAUGAGGCUUUCUACGAAUCUAUUAUACAAAUGACCAACAAGCCCCGUUCUCUUCAGCAUCUUGUACGCUGUGCUUUAAGGAAUUACCUUGGAACCCGAUAUCAUUCAGUCAUACAACGGUUACGACUUCCAAGCAGUUUCAGGGAGUUUUUACUAUUGAAAUGUGAAGGGGAUUUCAAAUGA